AUGGCGUCUCUCAUCGCCUCACGGCCCCGGGCCCGGCCAGCGCACGGCGAAGGCACAACACGCUGUGUGUACACACCCGACGGCACGAAGCUAGUCACCGUCGGGUCCAACAACACGAUCCGUCUCUACAAGACGGGCUUCAACGGAGAGCCCGACAACAUCGACGACUGCCAGGAGCAGAACCUGGCUGUGUCCACGAGCAAUGCCUUCUUCGUCGCCGGCGCCGAGGACGGCACGGUCAGCUAUUACUCGAUCGCCGACAAGCUCUUCGACAAGUUUCUACUGCGCACCAACACGCCCGUCCGCGAUGUCGCCCUCUCUCCCGACAACAAAUGGUGUGCGGUCGCCAGCGACGAUCUGACUGUCAAACUGGUCGGCAUCGAGGACAACACAAAGCUGUUAACCCUCAAGGAGCACAACAAGCCCACCAAGCACCUCUCGUUCGACCCCAAGGGUAGUCUUCUGGCCCUGUCCUGCACCGACGGCGUCAUCUACAUCUACUCGCUCACCGCCGACCACCCAGAGCUGAUCCGCAAGGUUGACGGCGUCGCAGGCCGGACCGAUAGCGAGGCCGAGGCCACGUGUCGGGCGGUUUGGCAUCCAGACGGCCGCGCCUUUGCCGUGCCAACACCAACAAGGGACAUCCAGGUUGUUUCCAAGAACGACUGGGAGAAGCAGCGCGCUUUCUCCAAGGGGCAUGACGGGGACAUCACGGCCGUGGCCUGGUCGCCCAACGGCGCGCUGCUGGCCUCGGCGGGCAAGGACAAGAAGCUCCUCAUUUGGCAGACAAAAGAUCAGACCGUCGUGGCUAGGUACGACUACCCGAACAUCCUGGACAUUGCGUGGCACCCGACCAAGAACUUGGCUUCGUUCACUACUUCGGAGGGCCAGGCUUUUAUCUGCGAUGACUUUGUGCCGGAACAGUUCGCGUCUCUGCUGGCGCUUCCGAAGCAGCCUGCUCCUUUUAUUCAUGAUCCGCUCGCGGAAGUCGCCAAUGGCCGGAGACCGGAAGCGAAUGGAGCCAAUCUGCCGUCACGCCCGCGGAGGGGCUCCCUGGACAGUUUUGCCGAUUUGCUCGACGAUGACGUCCUGGGAGAUGAGGACGACGGGUUUGUGGUAGACGACGACGGUGCCGGGUACACGGUGAACACGGGCCGGAAACGCCCUGCUGAGGAGGAUGGUCUCUUCGGACAGCAGCGCCCCAGCAAGCGCGGGAACUUUGUCCAGCCGCAGCUACACCCUUCGUUUCAGCCCGGGUCGACGCCAUGGCGCGGCAACCGCAAGUACCUGUGCCUUAACCUGAUCGGGUUCGUGUGGACGGUCGACCAGGACUCGCACAACACGGUCACGGUCGAGUUCUACGACCACGAGUUCCACCGAGACUUCCACUUCACCGACACGUUCUUGUACGACAAGGCCUGUCUCAACGACAAGGGCGCCCUCUUCUCGUGCCCGCCCAAAGACAACGCCCCGGCCGUUGUGUUCUACCGCCCGCAUGAGACCUGGACGCAGCGCAGCGAUUGGCGCAUUCAGCUGCCCAAGGGCGAGGCUGUCUUGGCCAUGUCGCUCAGCGAUACCUUCAUCACCGUGACCACCACCAGCAACUACGUGCGGAUCUACACCUUGUUUGGUAUCCCGUACCGUGUGUAUCGGCCGAAGAGCACGCCGAUUGUGUCGUGCGCCAGUUGGAAGGACUAUGUCUUGACCAUGGGCAACGGGCCCGUGGGUGCGGACGGCAUGUGUCGGUUGCAGUACACGAUCGAGAAUAUCAAGCGGGAUGAGAUCUGCCAGAACGAGGACACGGUAGCAUUGCCAGAGGGCGCCACGGUCAAGAGCGUGUUCUUCUCGGACAAUGGGGACCCAUGCAUCUACGAUUCAACCGGCACGCUUCUAACCCUACUCCACUGGCGCAAACCCUCCCGCGCCACCUGGAUCCCAUUACUGGACACCAAGCUCUUGUCCCGCCUAGCCUCGGGCCGCAAGAAGGAAUCCUACUUCCCCAUCGCCGUGGCCGACGACAAGUUCCACUGCAUCAUCCUCAAGGGCGGGGACCAAUACCCCUAUUUCCCACGGCCCCUCCUUUCCGAAUUCGACUUCUCCAUCCCGCUCACCUCAGCCCCCAAGAAAAAGAAGAAGAAGUCCAAGCAGAACGGCCGAAAAAACGCCGACGCUGUCGACUCCGACGAGGACAUGCUCGACAACAGCGACGACUCCGACGAAGGGGGCGAAGCCGACGACGACGAAGACGAAGACUCAACCGACCCCCUCGACGCCGAAACCCUCGCCCUCACCCAAACCUACCUCCUCAAAUCCCUCCACGCCUCCCAGCUCCAAGACGCCCUCCACUCCUCCUCCUCGCACCGCGCAAGCACCGUCUCCCAACGCGCCCGCCUCGGCCGCCUGCACAUCGACGUUGACAAGACCCUGCUGCAGAUGCUGGCCAUCGAGUGUCGCGCCGGUGGCGAGGAGCGGGGCAUGCGCGCGCUGGAGGUUGCGGCGCUGUUGCGGGAUCGCACGGGGAGGAUGUUGGAGGCGGCGGGGAAGAUUGCGGAGAGGUAUGGGAGGGGGAUGUUGGGGGAGAAGAUUCGGGAGUUGGGGGAGCGGAGGGUGGAGGGGGGUAGUGAGGGAGAGGAGGAGGGGGAGGAGGAGUUGUAA